CUCAGACCACACUCGACCUAUGACCACAUUGAUCUCUCGUUGAUCCUCACAUCGUUAGACCACACUCGCCAUAAGGAGACUCUGAAAUGUGUCCGUAUACACAAAGUAAGAUCGUUUUACAGCUGAUCCAAUAACCAUCCAUAUAAAAUAUCUCCCGCUCUUACUCUCUCUCUGCCUGAAAAUUUUUUGAGUGCAACAGUCCAUCUCUUCUCCACUUGCCCUUCAUCAAUCGGCAAUCUCUAACAAAUUCACAGUGCCUCUUCUUCUCAACUCUCAUGAUCUCUGAACUUUGUCACCAACAGUCAACUCUCCCUCUCUCGCAGUUGCAUUCUCAUGCUUUUGUUGUCAUGUUCUUGUUCUCAUUCUCAAUCGAUUGAUCUUUCACUCUCACCCUCACUCUAUCUCAAAUAAUCAGAUGAGGAUAGGGAUAUGGGAAGGAACCCUCCCGUCCUGAUCUUCUUCACUCACAUCCCAGACAAUCUUGAUGUGGCGAACUCGCUAAAAGAUUAGCAUCUUGGUCUUCUUGGACGAUCAUAAGCUAGUUCUUUCUUGGCACAUGAAGGCAGCCACUAUGUGUGAAUUUUCCAAGCAGGAGUUCUUUGGUGGUUUGCAAGCUCUUGGGAUAGAUUCGCUGGAGAAAUUCCGCGAUCGUAUGCAAUUUAUGCGUUCUGAGCUGAAAGAUGAGCAAAAGUUUCGUGAGAUCUACAACUUUGCUUUUGGCUGGGCAAAAGAGAAGGGGACAGCAUCCGUGGUCCUUGUAGGGCUUAUGGCAGCAUUAAAGUUAGUUGGGGGAACCUUAGCCGAGCACACAUUUCUGUUCCUUGGAGUAGGAGAGGCUGGCACUGGCAUUGCAGAACUCAUAGCUCUGGAGAUGUCAAAACAGACUGAAGCCCCAUUAGAAGAAAGCCGCAAGAAGAUAUGGCUUGUUGACUCAAAGGUAAUUAAGGAUACAACCUAAGAAGCAUGGACAUGGACACGUCAACAUGGGAAUUUUUAAAUAUUGAAUAGUUGUAUUGUGUCGAAUGUUAAUGAAUUAUUUAUUGUAUCGAAUGUUAAUGAUUCAAUUAAUUUG